AUGAAAACGUUCAAGGCACUGAUAGGCCUAGCUUCGGUGGGACUCGUGACUGCUCAAACUGCGAUCACUGUAAACAUUGGAACGACAUACCAGCAAAUCGAUGGAUUUGGCUUUUCACAGGCUUUCGGCCCAGUCCGAAGGCAAGGACUAGAUUACUUGUUCAACACCACCACGGGCGCCGGGUUUACCAUCAUUCGAAACCGGAUAGGAUCGGGCGGAUCGGGCGAUAGUAUAUUGCCCAAUUCUCCGGGGUCUCCCGCAGGCAAUCCUGCAUAUUCAUGGAAUAACGAUGAUUCCGGGCAGGUGUGGCUAAGCCAAGAAGCAAUGAGGUAUGGUGUGAAAACCAUCUAUGCCGACGCCUGGAGCGCGCCAGGUUUCAUGAAGACCAACGGCGUCGAGACCAAUGGGGGCUACCUUUGCGGGACGACUGGGCAUUCUUGCAGCUCUGGAGACUGGAGACAGGCAUACGCGAAUUUUCUGGUCAAAUACGUGCAGUAUUACAAAGAUGCAGGUAUCCCAGUCACGCAUCUUGGCUUUCUAAACGAGCCAGACUAUACAGUGAGCUACUCCUCAAUGCUAAUCAACGUCAACAACCCGGUUGAGGUCACGUCCUUCCUUCCCAUUCUCUCCGCGACGCUUCAGUCAGCAGGCCUCGACACCCAAGUCAAGAUUGCAUGCUGCGAUACAAUCGGAUGGGGAAACGCCAAGACAGUGGCUGGACGCCUCAUCUCUGCCGGCGUGGAGAACUACCUCGGCCUUCUGACAAGCCAUAUGUACACCGGCGACCCAAACUCGGCCAUCACUGGUACGAAGCUCCCAGUUUGGAUGACAGAAGGGGCAGAUCUAAGCAGCCCAUGGGCGACAACAUGGUACAAUAAUGGCGGGCUUGCCGAGGGACUCACAUGGGCGAACAAGGUCGCUACUGGAAUCCUAAACGCCAAUCUGUCGGGAUACAUCUAUUGGCAAGGUCUCGAAGUUAACCAAGGUCAAGCGUCUAGCUACCUCGUGGCCGUCCUCGACAGUAAGAACGCGAUACCGUCCGGGAGGUUGUUUGCAUUGACGAUGUGGUCACGAUUUGUUCGACCGGGAGCUGUCCGUGUUGGCACUUCGGGAACCAUCUCGGGUGUAGCAAUCGGCGCUUUUAAGAACGCAGAUGGUUCCGUUGUCGUGAUCUUUACAAACUCGGGCGGCUCAGCCCAGUCCUCCAAGAUCUCUUUCAACGGAUUCAGCCCCUCCGCUGCGUCAGCCUGGCUGACAGACAACUCGCACUCAGUUACUGCCACAGUUGUUACACUCUCUGGCGGCGCUGUGACCGUUCAAAUUCCAGCUCGCUCUGUCGUCACGGUGAAAUUGACGUGA